GCUACCCAACCACAGAAAGCCUGCCGCAGGAAACCUUUAAUAUUUGGAGACAUUUUUUUUUCCUGGUAAAAUAUUUGGAGACCUCACAAGUUCCGUUUUGCAUGUCUCUGUCUUUCAUUCUCUGCAGUCUCUAUCCCUCCCUCCCCAGUUGUGCUUCAAAGUUGAAACCAAUAACAGAAAAGUGAUAAGGGUUUACCUCCUUUUUUCAUUUUGGGAUUGGUUUUCCACUUCUGUAAUCGUUUUUUUGGUCAUUUCUCGAAUUGGUUGGUGGAAGUGAGUAUUAGGGUAUAGUAGAAAUUCAAAAGGGGAGAAAUUAUCAAUUUCCAUUUUUUUCCGAAUGACUAAAAAUACCGAUUUCGAGCUUUGAAAGAGACAAUUUUUUUUUGUUUUCAUUUUUUAACGUUUAUGGGUCUGUUGGGUCUUCAUUUAUUGGGGAGCAGGCGAAACCGUGCUUCGGAUCCCUUUCCUCUUCUUCUGGACCUCUAGUAAUUCACUGGAAAAGCAAAAGCAGAGUCAGUUGCGAGAAGAGUAGGGAAGGGAGAACGGGGGAGUUAUCAUCAACUCCUCAAUCCUCAUCCUAACAAUAAUCGUUGAACAACCCUGAACCAGGGAGAGACAGAUUCGAUUAUCUGUAUCUGGGUUUCCAAACCAGAGCUACAUCGCUCCGAGCAGUCCUGCCGAAGAAAAUGAAGGGUCUUUUCAAGUCCAAGCCCCGGACACCCGCGGACAUCGUUCGCCAGACCCGUGAACUCCUUAUUUUUGCUGAACGCAACGGGAAUAUCCGUGAAGACAAGCGUCUGGAGAAGAUGGCCGAGUUAAGUAAACUUAUCCGGGAGUUAAAGUCAAUUCUUUAUGGCAACAGUGAGUCGGAGCCAGUCCCAGAAGCUUGUACUCAGUUGACUCAAGAGUUUUUCAGAGGGGACACACUACGUCUUCUCAUUACCUGCCUUCCAAAAUUGACCUUGGAGACUCGUAAAGAUGCCACACAAGUGGUUGCGAAUUUGCAAAGGCAACAAGUCCAGUCCCGGUUGAUUGCUUCUGAUUACUUGGAAGCACAUAAAGAUCUUUUGGAUAUUUUGAUUUUAGGGUAUGAAAACGCAGACAUGGCUUUACAUUAUGGUGCAAUGUUGAGAGAAUGCAUACGACAUCAGAGCAUUGCAAG